UUGCCCCUUCAUAGAAACAGACUCUUGUUUACAUUGCUCUUUAUACCAAGUUGGAGAGUAAGUUUCCUUUCCAUUUUCAUUUGACUGAGAUGGAGCUACUGGGAUAGGACCAGAUAAAAAGGAUUUUGAAUCUUGGAGACCAGGAAAGAAGGAAGAAAUCAGUGCCAGGUUAAACUCAAUGGAGGCUUUCCAUUUGUGUGACAUUAGUUCAAUCACCUAUAACAAAAACAUUGAGAGAAUUAUCUCCUCAAUGGUUGCCCAGCUUUGCCAUUUAAUUAUCUCAAUGGAGAGAAGAGAUGUGGAGAAUGAAACAUUUGCUGGCUUAGGGACAAUGGCAGAGGAGUUGGCAAAAGCCAGUGAACAACUGGCACAUUUUGCAAAAAGGUUGGCAGGAGAAUCUGAUGAGGAGGUGUUGAAAAUGGAAAUGGUACCAGCAGCUGAAUUUCUACUCUUGUCUGGGAAGAACAUAUUACUAGUGGCUCAGAAGCUCUAUAUUCACCCAGAUAAUCAGUGCCACCAAGAAGACCUAAUCAUCACAGCUCAGAAGAUCUUGGUGGGAACAGUUAAGAUCCUCCUCAUUGAAGAUGAUGCAGUGAUGAGAAAGAUCAUUCAAGUGGCUUGCUGGUGUCUGAAUUGCCUUGAGACCCUAGAGGCUGCAGAGGAUGGCUCUACUGUGCUACCUUCCUUCCUGAAUUUCUCUGAAGGUUUGCUUUUUCUGAACACUCUGACUGAACGCCGUCUGCUGGAACUAAAGUGGUCAGUUCAUCGUGACUGUCUGGCCCAGUGCUUGCAGCUCUUGAAGAACUGUAUUCCUCUAUGCUACACAGUAACAAGUAGCAACCUCAGGCAUCCCCAAGACAAUCAGGUGAGAGAGUCUAAGAGUUACAUUUUUGAUCUGACUAAGAAAACCCUUAAAGAACUAAUUGUCCUGUUAAAUGCUGAACGUGAACCCCAGAAGGACCCCCGGGAAAGAAGUGGGGUGUUCUCUCAGCACUUGGAGCAACUCCUGAUGCUACUGGCUGAGCCAGCACUAGAAACUGUCCUUCAGGGGAAUCUAGACUCUCUCUUAGGAGCAGUGGUAUUUCACAGCAUGCUUCUAGCUGAAUCUUCUAGACCUACCAUGAAGCUGAAGCUAGUCCAAUGCUGCCACUGUCUGUUGGAGCUUAGAAACAUGGUUGUCCAGCGCCUGAGCAAGAAGACCAGCCUGUCUUCAGUGGACUGCUCAAAUCAGGAUGUCAGGGAGAAAUGGGCCAUAUUGAGGCAUGAGGUGCAGAUUCUCGAGCAAACUAUGCAGACUGGGCUCCUCUACCAGAUCCUGGACACUUUCACAGAUGUUCAAGGACCUCUGAAAAGACUGAUUCAAGCUGCCUGGGCGGCUACAGUGCUUGGCUCUUCCUGGGACAGUGAAGAGUUUGCCAAAAGCCUCCAGCCUUUCAUUGAUACUUUUUGCAUGCAUUCUGAAAAGAUGUUCAAAGUGGCUCAUUUGGUCUUGGCCCGUUGUACUCAGCAGCAAAUUGGUAAAGAAAUAGAGGAAACCAUUUCUACCCUGCAAAAGCUUGUGGCCAGAGGGCUUCCCCUUUUCACCAAGAGACAAGAAGGGCUGAAUCUGGACUGUAUUUCUGAUACUUUCCAUGACAUGUACCAGGCCUGGGUCUGGGCUGCAGAAGGCUUGCUUUCAUGCUUUGAUAAUGUUUUUAACAUCCCCGAAUUCUUGGCUGUGUCCAUUGAGGAAAUGGCAGCACAUGUGGGUUUUUCUGAAUGGGCUUGGAAUAGUGGAAACGCCAAAGAAUUUUCCCGGCAUGUAGUUUAUCUUCAGGGUCGAGUUAAGCACAUAGUGCAAGUGAUGUACAGAUAUGUAGAGCAAAACCAGGAUCCUAUUUUUCGCAAUGGUUUGCGAGUUUUAAUUCAUCACCUGGAGAAUGCUAUUCCAGCAGUGACAGCAGCUGCCGAGCGGUGCUUGGAAAACAGGCAUGAUGUCCGAGCCAAGGACAUGUUUCUCAACAAGGCCAAGUUUCUUAUUGACUUUGCUCACGGUGUCCAAGACGCCCUGGAUGGCACUUGUCAUCCACAUAUCCUAAGCCCACUUGGCGACCAAGUCCAUGAAUUCAUCCCUCCCAAGGGACAACUAUGCCUUACUCCUCACAGCCUCCUGGAGAUCAGUAGCCCAGAACCCAUGGGCAAACUCAUUGGAGGAUUGAGGGCAGAAGAAUUCUUGAACACCUCACAUGGUCCUGAGGAAUGCCAUUUUAGGGACAGCCCCACACUCAGCCUCAUGGCUCCUAAGACCAUUUCACAGGGGGUGUCACUACCUGUCAUUAGAAGACUUGUCCUGGCUGUAGAGCAUCAUGACUUCCCAACAGUCAGUUCUGCUUGCACAGAGUUGCUGGAUCUUGCCAACUGUAUUGAUGCUGCUCAAGAAGCCUUGGUUGGGGAAAAGUCAUCAGAAUCAGGGGGGACAGAACAGACACAAGAUGACAUCCACUUAACACCUUAUAUGAUUGGCUUAGCUAAAGAAGUUGCCAAUGAGCCAGCUCCUAGUACUGGCAGAGUACUUGAAGAGGCUCUCCAGCUGUCUGAAAAGAUGACUGAAGCCCACCAGAGUUUGGCAGCUAUAGCUGGGGCCUGGUAUCCCUUUUCUCAGCAGUUGUUUUGUGGCAUCCUGAUUGCCGAUCUUCCAAGGAAUGUACAGAUUUUCAGUGAAGUCAGGCAGAACAUAAUGGACGUGGCCCAGCUAGCAGACAAAGCCGGACAGAUGCAUAUAGAUAAAGAAACCCCUUUGUUGAUGCAGAAUCCAGAACAAUUGCUACAGAUCCAAGCUAAACUCCAGAAAGUGGAGACUCAUGCCCGACACUUACUGGACAAGAUGUUUGACUCAAAUGGGCUGCAGUGUCUUAAGACUAGAGAAACAAUAAUCAAGGGGAACUGCCUUCUGUGGUCUGUGGCUGUCCAAGCCUUGCUAAGGAGCAUUGAUGGCUUCAUUGGGAGAGAUAACCUAUUUCUAACUGAGCUGAGGCAAGCUGUAAAGGACAAGUUGGUUGUGCAGGGUGGAUUGACCCCACUAGCUAGCACUUCUCUGAGGUUACAGGAAGCUGCAAGGCUGUCUUCUCUGUUGUGUGGUGAUAAAGGAAUUAGAGGGGAGGUGGUCUUGCUGCAGGAGGAGGUCCAUGUGCUGACCGAAGCUCUGCUAGAGGUGGCCAACAUCCUUGCCCUUUCUCCUCCUUUGGUACCCAACUUGGCCAUUCGUUUUGAACUUCUCCAACGGGAGCUUGCCCUUCAAGCCAGGCUCCUGGCAGCCCACCUCAGUAGCAUCAACAAAGACUAUGAAAGAACCAUACAGGAUACCAUUCAUCUGGCACUUUCUGCUUCCAGCGCUCCAGAAGAUGACAAGAUAAAGUUCAAGGCUGCUCUGGGAAAGAAUAUGACCCGAAUCACUUCUGGCAUCCAGACAAUUAAGAAAAUUGUGGAGGAAGGCCUAGAGCCUGGGCUUGGCCAGGAAAGCCUCCUCAGAGUAAUGGAGCACCUCAUCCUCCUUACUGCAGAUAUUGGACAGAAAGCCCACAUGCUCCUGGAACACCCUCAGGACAAGGUAUCUGGGAUUCUGGAAAGUCUUCAGUGGGAGUGGGCAGCUGAGGCUCAUUAUGUGGCAGCCCAGCUCCAGGUAUGGAGAAGCAGUCAUUCAUCAGCCCUGCAGCAUCUAGCCCAGGACUUGCAGACUAGAGGUGCACCUGUUGGGAUUCCAAGUGAGGAUCCUGACCUCACUCUGCCCAGUUGGGGAGAAGAUCCCAAAGAAGCAGAAAUUGACAAUACAGAAUAUAAGAUCACAUUUUCAAGAGGAAUCUCAGAUCCAGCUGCUUCAGAGGAACCUUAUCUGGAUCUGAAGGAUGAUGUUGCUGUGGCAACUUCUGGGAAGAAUCAGGGCAAGCUAGUUAGCAAGUCCCAUGGUGCUUCUUGUUGUCCAGCUGAGCCAACCCCUGAUCCCUACAAUCCAUUCUUGAGGGAUGACGCCAUGGAUAAGUGGAGGGACGGCAGCAACAGAAUUGAACAACUCACCAGAGAAAUGGCUACUGAAGUGUUUCACAUGGCCCAGAGUCUGAAGAGGAAAGGGCCCAUAAUGACCAAAGCCCAAUUAAUUACCUCUGCAAAGAAAACAGCUACUUCUGGACACAAGUUUGUUAAAUUCAUCCGCCUCCUUGCUAAGAAUUGCCUGGAUCAAAGAUGUGCAGAUGAACUCUUGUGUGUGUUGGAACAAAUUCAGACAAUGAGUAGCCAACUCAACAUCAUUUCCAGUGUCAAAGCAGCUCUAGCAAGCAGCAAGUCCUCUGAAGAGCUCCUUGUGAACAAUGCCCAGAACCUCCUCCAGGGUGUUUUGCACACUUUAAAGGCAGCAGAAGCAGCAUGUCUCCGAGGCUUAAGGGAGCCUCUUCUAGAUGCAGAUGAAAUGGAGGCAGCAGCCUUCUGCAUGCAAUGGAAAAGAGAGUUGCUAAAGCACAGAUCUGAAGAAGCAUCAAAUGCAGACCGAGAUGAGUCUGGACUACGCAAGACAGCAGCAAACAAAGCUCCCACACUCGUGUCCAUGGUUCAAGAACCAUGGACCACUUAAACCUUAAAUCCAAAUAUGUUCUUUGUGACACCAUUUUUACCUAUAGAGAUCCACCACCCAAUGCAAGGCACAGAGCUGACUAUCACAUUUCCGAUCAAAAACCCCAAGUGACUUCCUAUACAAUAGG